AUGUAGACCCAGGCAGGCAGCGAGAGAGAGAGAGAGAGAGAGAGAGAGAGAGAAGACCCAAAAAUCAAGACUCGGCCUUUUUCUCUAUCAAAAUUCAAGAAUACGCCAUGGACGAUCUCCUUUUCCUCUGAGAGAGCAGAAGAAGGGCGAUAGAUACAGAGAACAAAGAGAAGAUCCCAACUUUCAUCAUACAGAGAGAGAUAGGGUCGUAGGUAUCGGUUUGUCAUCCGAAGAACGCAGAGGAAUCAAGAAACCCACCAACCCAACAACAAUCAAAAUCCCCUCCGACCUCUGUCUCUGUCUCCGUCUCUCUCUCAGUUGACGCACAAUGAGCAGCAAUGAAACCCCACCACCUCAAUCAUCGUCGUCCAAACCGCAAUCGGCCCCACUGCUCACAAAACCCUCGAACACAGUCCUCCCUUACCAGACACCGAGGCUGAGGGACCAUUAUUCGUUGGGCAAGAAGCUCGGGCAGGGCCAGUUCGGGACAACCUACCUCUGCACCCACAAGCAGACCUCCAACCUCUACGCCUGCAAGUCGAUCCCCAAGCGGAAGCUCCUCUGCCGGGAGGACUACGAGGAUGUCUGGAGGGAGAUUCAGAUCAUGCACCACCUGUCGGAGCACCCCAAUGUCGUCCAAAUCAAGGGCACCUACGAGGACGGCAUGUUCGUCCACAUUGUCAUGGAGCUCUGCGGCGGCGGUGAGCUCUUCGACCGGAUCAUCCAGAAGGGCCACUUCAGCGAGAGGGAGGCCGCCAAGCUCAUCAAGACCAUCGUAGGCGUCGUCGAGGCCUGCCACUCCCUCGGGGUCAUGCACCGCGACCUCAAGCCCGAGAACUUCCUCUUUGACAGCUCCUCAGACGAUGCCCAGCUCAAGGCCACCGAUUUUGGGCUCUCCGUCUUCUACAAGCCAGGAGAGGCAUUCUCAGACGUUGUUGGAAGCCCCUAUUAUGUUGCCCCUGAGGUCCUGCUCAAGCAUUAUGGACCUGAAGUUGAUGUCUGGAGUGCGGGUGUUAUACUAUACAUCCUACUAAGUGGAGUACCCCCUUUUUGGGCUGAGAGUGAAUCGGGGAUCUUCAGACAGAUAUUACGAGGCAAAUUAGAUUUUGCAUCUGAUCCAUGGCCUACCAUUUCGGACAGUGCAAAAGAUUUGAUAAGAAAGAUGCUCGAAAGGGAUCCUAGAAAGAGGUUAUCUGCUCAUGAAGUCCUAUGUCACCCGUGGAUUGUUGAUGACAGAGUUGCCCCCGACAGACCUCUUGAUUCUGCGGUCUUGUCACGUCUGAAGCAGUUUUCGGCCAUGAAUAAACUUAAGAAAAUGGCUUUGCAAGUAAUAGCAGAGAAACUUUCUGAGGAAGAAAUUGGUGGCUUGAAGGAGCUGUUUAAAAUGAUAGAUACAGACGGCAGUGGAAGCAUUACAUUCGAGGAGCUAAAAGAAGGUUUAAAACGAGUAGGUUCUAAUCUCAUGGAGGAAGAGAUCAAGGACCUCAUGGACGCUGCAGACAUUGAUAACAGCGGAACAAUUGACUACGGAGAAUUUCUUGCCGCUACUUUGCACUUAAAUAAGAUGGAGAGAGAGGAAAACUUGAUAGCGGCCUUCUCCUUUUUUGACAAAGAUGGCAGUGGUUACAUCACCAUUGAUGAGCUUCAACAUGCUUGUAAAAAAUUUGGCCUCGAUGAUGUUCACCUCGAUGAGAUUAUUAGAGAGAUUGAUCAAGACAAUGAUGGGAGGAUCGAUUACGGGGAGUUUGCAGCGAUGAUGAAGAAGGGAGAUGGUGGGAUGGGGAGGAACCGUACUAUGAGAAGCAAUCUGAACUUCAAUUUGGCCGAUGCCUUCGGGGUCAAGGACCCAUCAGCUGAGAGCUGAGGCCUGAGAGACCUAAACUGAGAAAACCCAUCUGUUGUAGAGUUGGGAAAAGGGAGACUGGCGCCACUCACUGUUCGGUGAUAGCGACAACUACUGACUGACAUUUAUCAAUCUAUCCGUGGCUGCUGCUGCUUCUCCCCAUGGAGCUUCUUAGCAUUUUAUUCCUAGCUGAAAUGAAUUGUUCCAUUGAGUUGGAGUACUCUGUACCAAUAGCAAACACUCUCAAUUCUCACUCUUAUGUGGAUUUGGUCAAAUUUUGGAUUUUGGGAAGAAAGCAUCUUUUGCUUAUUUGAAACAUGUAAGGAUGCUGGUUUUGUUCUCUUUUCUGUUCAUGAAUUUUUGUCCACGAAAUGUACCUUUUUCGAUUGUAUUGGAUGAAGAUCUGCUCCUCAUUCUCUGAA